AUGCUUAUUAAUUUAUAGAAAAAGACUCUAAAAAGCCUUAAAAAAAUAGAUAUAUUUUCGUAGCCCGUGCAACUACUAAUAAAAUAAGAAGAGGGACACAAAACCUUAUUUGGGGCUUGCCUGACUUUGGGAUUGGUUGUCUUCUUCUUUUAUCUUUUUGUCAUGAAUCUCUAUGAUUUAUCGUAAAGAAAAAAUCCAACUUCAUUCAUUAACUACUGAGGUUUUCCAUUCACAGCCAGACCAAUAUAAAUACAUAGAAUAAAAUUUCACCUUAACUUUUGCUUUCCAAUCUCCGGAUUACACAACAUAUAUAGAUGAAUCAGUCUAUGUUGUAGAAGCAAAAGUUAGAAGUAAAACUACAAAAAUGUAUAUUAAUUUUCUGAAUUAUUAGAGUUGAUAAUUAGAAAGUAGAGGAGUGGACUUCUUAAGAUCUUCCAAUUACAUCGUGCUCUUAAGAAAUUAUCAGACAGGUCGAGUUGGAGGAAUACUUUUCUCAUUUAAAUUUACCAACUAAUUAUUGUAUAGAUUGGAAUAGAGUAAAGGAAAUAAAUUUGGAAGGUUCGUUUGAUGCUAAAAAUUUUACUUUUGUUGAAUUAUAAUUUAAAAUGUGUAAUAAUCAAACAAAACAAUCAAAGGAAUGUAGGUCUAGAGAUGAAAUUAAAUAAUUACUAGAAUAGAAUUAUUUUUCUCUUUAGAUGUCCUCUUAUGUUAUCGAUGUAAAAAAUGAAGAAGAACCAUAUUUUUCAAAAGGUGAAGAUAUUUUCACCACAAUUUCCAGUAAAAUAUUUAAAGAAAUUACAUUCUAUCUGGAACCAAUAACAAUAUUUACAGAUCUAGGUCUUAUUUCAGAAGAUUAUUAAGUUCAAAAAAGCUUAAGAUACAAGAGACACACAGAAAUGAUUGAUUUAAAUGAGAGUGAUUUAAUAAUGAAUGUUCUAAUAAGAUUAGAUUAAAUCGAAAAACAAUAUUAUAGAAGUUACACCAAAAUUCAAUUUAUUUUGAGUUAAAUGGGAGGACUUUGGUAAGUAUUUUUUACUUUGGCCUUUUUUAUAUAGAAACCAAUAAAUCUCGUAUCUUAUUACGUUAGAAUUAUGAACUCAUUAUUUCAAUUUGAAUAAGAGAAUAGAAAAGAAAUAACUAUGGAAUUAUAAGAAUAGAUUGCAAACAUACCUGAAGAGGAAUUAAUGACAAGAAAAUAAUAGUAAUCUUCUAGAUAAGAAUAAUUAGUUACUUAAAAUAAAAACAGAGCAUUUUAACGAUUAUAAUCUAUUAGGGUAAAGAAGAAACAAAUUGAAGUUAUUGAUUCAAUGGCUGUCGACGCAAAAUAAAAAGAAGAAGCUCGGUAGUAAUUGACGAAAGCUAUAUCACUUUCAAUUAAAUAAUAUUUCCAAACCAUUUCAAAAAAACUCAGGAUGAAAUGGACUGAUUAUAAAUAUUUCAUACACUACUUUGUUAAGUAAACUAUUAAAUAAAUUGUUUUCUAGUUCUGAUAAUUAUAAAAGUUUACAAAUUGAAUAUUCUGUCGAAAAAGUAAUUCAGCAAAUAAAUAUUUUAUAUAUAAUGAAGAAACUGUAAGAAAUAGAUAAAUUAAAAAUGAUCUUAUUAACUGAAUCCUAGAUAAAAGUUUUUGAUUAUCUUUAAAAGCCAACCAUCCCAUUAGAUCCAAAAUCAAAAUAAUUUAAUAAUAGUGAGAGUUACUACUCAAUAUUGAAACCAAUCAAGAGUGAUUAUGAGAGAGCUACAGAGGCACAAAAUGCUUUUAAAGAAAUAGUUGAUAGUUUAGAUAAUCCAAUCAAUGUGAAAUUAAUAAAUGCUAUAGAUAAAACAAUAGUUGAUUUAUUUAAAAUUACGAAGAAUACUUAGGAGUUAACAUCUAAUGAUGAUGCCGAUAUCAACGAGUAAGCAUAAGAAAAAAAUACGGUGUUUGCAAUAAGUAUUUAAAAGAGGCAGUCCUCAAUAAUGAAUUAUUAACCUAAUUUUUAACAAUGA